AUGACCAAUAUUGGUAAAAUUGCCAUUCAGUUUGAUCUACCGAAAGUUUCAACAACGAAGACAGAUAUGAAUUGUUCGUUUACAGAAAAAAUGCGUCGAGUAGAAUACCUAGAAUUAGAUGAAGCUAAAUUACUUCAAGAUCAAGUGAAUAGUUAUAAGCAAACUCCAUGGAAGUAUGAUAAAGAAGUUUCGUGGUUUACCUCCGAGAUCAUUAUUUGCUGUUCCAACAGAAGACGCUAUCAAGCGAAGAGAGUAUACUUUUUAAUUUUUGAUUCUAUAUAUUUUCGGCUUCAAAUUCUAAAACAAGCGAUCCAUGGUCGAUUGAUUGUUUGUGAUGUAACAUCGAUUUAUGCCAAUGAUUGUAUAAACAAUAGUAGAAAACAGCUUGACUCUUUAACUUUAAUUUUAGAAUCACUGAAGAAACUUAAGUCUUCUGACAGUUUUUUGUUUAUUGGAUAUCCAUUACUUUCUCAAGUUAAUGUUGGUGUUUUCUAUGUGCUUGUUAAUAUGUUCCACCGGAGUGAUCAAAUCUGUUGAAAUGGG